GGAGAGCCAUCUGAACUUAACAGUUAUUUGUGCGAAUGCAAUACCAACAUCGUAUAAAGAUGACGCCGGUUAGCGUGGUGUGCCGCAGUCAUCAGAAUUGCUGCGAUGCGGGAAGAUCGCGUGGACGACGUUUCCUUCUCUUCCAUCUACUCAGCGUCUUGAGUGUCACCCUGAACACUGUUGCUAGGACCUUAUUAGACAUGGAUUCUGAACCUUGUUCCUUUGCUACAGCAGCGAUAGUCCCGCCGCGUCCAGCUCUGACGCAUCGGUCGUCGUUUUUUGAAUGCUUUGCGAGGCCAUGCAUCCCGUUCUUGGCGAUUCCGAAAAAGGCGCUCUCAGGAAGUGCACGGGGACGAUGGAAGACAGCAGCAAUUCUGCAGGCCUCGAGCGGCCCUCCUCAGUGCGAGGGUACAGACAACAAGCGGAAGCAUCACAGUAAUAGGGGCCGUUCAUCAGGUGCCGACUUGAAGAGAGACAGAUCAUCAACAUCAACAAAACUAGUACGGGAAGAUCUUCUACUCGGCACUUCUAACAAGAACCACAACAAGGAAAGCGUGUCAUCGUCAACAGGAACUGUGAUGAGCAAUUGUGGUGACAAAAUAGGUGGAGCUCCUGCUCAUAUUGGAAAAGGAGAGAAGAAUCAUGAAGGAGCCAAGGCGUCAAUCAAUUGCGUCUUAAAAACGAAUGCGGGAAAACAACUGCACAAAAUCCUGGCUGAUGCUGGAUAUUACAAUUUUGAACGCCGACAGGGUGAGCGUCAGGAUCAACGGAAAGUGUCUAGUACUGGGCAUCGCUUUCCAGCUACCCCCAAAGCGAAAGGCACUGUCUUACACCGACUGAAGGAGCAGGGGGGAGAUUCAAUGGAAACUACACCCUCCGACUCUUCAACUUCGUCUGGUUCGAGACAGGACGAGACGAAAAUUGGUGAUGGUGACUGCACAUCGCAACCACACCUUCCGAGUGAAAAUACAUUUGAAAAUGAAAUCGGAAUCACGCAUAUCGAGCCAGAGAAGCUGCUCUUUUUUAAAAACGAAGAGGACCAGACGCAGGCGCAUUUGAUAGAAGAUGUCAGUCUCAGUGAACCUUCGAGGACUGUAAUUAGCACACCAUCUUCAUCUUGCACCAUGAAAGACGCAGACGCACAUGCGGCUGAACGCUCGUUCAAUGAAACGGCUGUGAUCCUCCAGUUCCAGGGGAAUAAGGAGGUACCUACUCAGCAAGAUCUUGUGGCGAAUUCAUCUACGAUAAAACCAGAUGAACAUGAUCAAUCACAAUGUGCGCUUCCUAGGAGUCCGACCCCGACGCCUAUUGGAAUUGGAAACAGCCAGUCGACCGCCUUUGCCUUAGCUUCUUGUUCUUCUGAGAAUCUGAAUUAUACGCCAGUCCCAAUCACCAGCAAUACACAAGGCGCAGCGUCACUGCCAACUCCUGAGCUUCCUGUCCACCCCGGCUUUACGUCAAAGCCGAGCAACGUACGGCGUCGCGGAGAGGUUGCGCGAACCGGGUCAAGUAGCACGACUCUCCAGGGCAACAACAGGACAAGCAAAGCAGCAGCUACAAGCCCCGUUGUGGCGUGUCGUUUUCUGCUUCCCCCGCUGCAACGACGGCAUUCUGCAGACAUACAGGAAUAUCAAAUUCGUUUUUCUGAAAAUUCAAAUUUUAUCAGACAAGUAGACUCAACUACUUUGGUUCGAAUGCCAAGCUCGCCUCUUCCUGAGAACUCUGCCAUACACGCUUUUCCUGUAUCAAGUCGAAACAAUUAUCGAGUACGUACUUGGCCUUCAUCGCCUUCUUGCUCUUCACCUCGGUUCACGCGCAGGCAAGUUCAGUCGUGGCCCCCUUCAUCUGCAAGAGAGCCGGAACCGCGUCCUGUACAUGUAGUACCACUACAUCAACCAGCAUCCAUGGCCAUGCCAAAAAAUAUCAUAAAACGAUCAUACCAGUUAUAUCAAGACGUCGGCUCUCCACGUCGCAAUAUCAAAAUUUUAGAAGCAGAGAAUACAGACAAUAUCAAAAGCUACAGCAACUACCAGCACCAGUCCAAGAACUGCAAUCUCAUGAAAGUAAAUGCAACUUCACGUCUACCAGCAACUUCUAGUACAACAACAAAAACGACAAACUCUGAUAUUGUGCGGACGAUGACGAGCAGCAGCCGCUCUACUGUUCACGAGUUGGUUCACAUGUUUGAUGCCAUUACCCUCCAAAACUCGUCGACACCUCAGCAAACAACCCGCGGCUUGGUAAGAAGAACUGUCGCCGGCUACCGUGCUCAGCCCGUACAGUAUACCACUCCACGACCCGGCAUCAUCCUCGCCGGAUCGCCAUAAGAUACAAGGAUGAGUAGCCAUUGGUAACUAAGAGUCGCAAUUGGAAAUCUUAGAUUCUUCUCCUUGAUGUCCUUGCAAAUCAUAUUCAUAACUUUGUAUGUAAUUCGCUUUCGAGUCGGAGGUUUCGAUGAGCAUGAUGAGACUGAGAGAUAAGUGAGUUCAAAAUAUUAUACACAGAUGUAACGUGGUCUUGUUCAUCUUGAUCUCUUACUUCUAGUUCUUAUUUUUUUGUCGAAACUUGAUCAAGCGAUCGUUUGUCGAGACUUGCACCGAGACGUACUCGCACCGGAAACAGCUAUCUCCGCUCGAUAAAGGUCAUUAUAUUGCAUUUUUCUUCUGCCGAAGCCGAUUAUGUUAAGUAGUAAACGGUCACAUCAAAAGCGCGACGUAGAUAGACAUGUUCUGUUGCAGUUUUGGAAGGCAAGGAAAUCUCGCCCAAUGAAGAUCAAGAUGAACCUGAUCCUGAACGAAACUAUGAUAUCAAAGAUUUCUGCUGUGUCCAAGACCAAUGUCUAGCGAAGGACUACAUACAGGGUUUUCAGUUUUUCUGCGUACUUGCGAUCAGCUAAGCGACUGUGACAGUGACUAUACUUAGCAGCUCUUGAUCGAAGUCUCUCACCGGAGCAUGCCUUCCCCUUCGAGUCUGAAGCAAUAAAAACCGAAUCAUUUUGUGUCUCUAAUGUCCUUUUGUUUGAUGUCCUUUGUAUUAUUGGACCACGGCAAGCAAAUUGAUCGAAGGAUCUUUGGACCUCCACCACAGACCUGCUACAAUAAACCUUGCCCUUGGCGAGCACAGAUAAGUCUAUGUCUCCUCUUCCUCUGGUUGUGCCC